AUGCCUACUCAGUGUCUCAAUUCCUUCCACCAUUCCCUAAUUAUUCAGGACUUGCUAAGCAUGAGGAUGAUUGGUUUAGCAAGAGAAACUAGAGGAUUAUAUCAGCUUUCCUUCUCCACACCAAACAGCCAAUACACAAUUCCACACCAAGCUGCCUCUUCCUACAACUUCCAAUCACAGCCUGUUGACCUUUGGCAUUGGAGAUUAGGCCAUCCUAGUAGAGAUAGGCUUUCUUUGUUGCAGAAAAAUGAUUCCACUGUAACCAGUUCUAAGUUUACACACUGUGAUGUUUGCCAUUUCUCUAAACACAAACGUUUACCCUUUCCUAUUAGCACCAGUAUUGCACAUGAUUUGUUUCAAAUGAUACAUGUUGACAUUUGGGGGCCUUUAUCUGUUCUCUCUUAUGAUGGAUAUUCAUAUUUCCUUACAAUUGUGGAUGACCAUUCCAGAUCAGUAUGGGUUUACCUGAUGCAGCAUAAAAGUGAUACAAGAGAUUUGUUAAAAGGUUUCUGUGCACUUGUUAAAAAUCAAUUUAACAAAUCUGUCAAAGUGGUGAGAAGUGAUCAGGGUCAAGAGUUCAAUAUGUGUGAUUUCUUUAUGGAGAAUGGCAUAGAACAUCAAAUGUCCUGUGUGCAAACGCCAGAACAAAAUGCUAGGGUGGAGAGGAAGCACCAACACAUUCUUAAUGUGGCCAGAUCAUUAAGAUUUCAAUCUGGGCUUCCUCUCACACACUGGACAGACUGUAUUCUGCAUGCAGUUUACUUGAUUAAUCGUUUACCAACACCAGUUUUGGAGAACAAAUCACCAUAUGAAGUUCUGUACCACAAACCUCCUUUCCUUGGCCACCUCAGGGUAUUUGGCAGCCUUUGUUAUGCUAGUUCUUUGCCCCAUGGCAGAAGUAAGUUUGAUGCUAGAGCCAGACAAUGUGUGUUUCUCGGAUAUCCUGCAGGUAUUAAAGGCUUUAAAUUGUUGGAUUUGGAGGAUGGCAGGGUGUUUGUGUCUCGUGAUGUUGUGUUCUAUGAAAGUAUCUUACCUUUCAGAGGUCAAGAUAAGGAAGAGGAAGUACCACAAAGUUCAGUUCCGAUUCCACCUGUUCCUGUUUCAGCUCCCCCAGUGAGCAUUCCUACUCAUUUAUCUCAUCUGCCUGCUGCAAGUGCUCCUCUUCAAACAGCAUCAGAUGAUGGGGGGGAUAAUCACAUGGAGACUAUUCAGAGUCCUGAGUUUGAACCUGAGUUAGAACCACAGGCUGAGUAUGAAGAACCUCCUGGCAGACCACUUAGACAUCAUAUACUUCCUGCUCGUUAUCAAGACUGUGAGUUAGACUCACAAUUGAAGUUUGGAGCUUUUGGAGGAACUGUAAGUCAACACCCUAUCUGUUUAAAUGUUGAUCACCUUAACAAGCUAGAUAAGAUCUAUGCUUUAAGUAUUCUGUCUCAGAUUGAACCUACUUCAUACCAUGAAGCAGUUAAGUCAAUUGAGUGGAAUAGAGCUGUUAAGGAAGAACUUGCUGCCUUAUAUGCAAAUCAGACAUGGGAGAUUGUUCCAAGACCUCUAAAGAAGAAACUAAUUAAGAACAAGUGGGUGUUUAAGUUGAAACUCAAGCCUGAUGGAUCCAUUGAGAGGCACAAAGCCAGGUUAGUAGCAAAAGGCUACACACAGGUGUAUGGUAUAGACUUUUUGGAUACUUAUUCACCAGUGGCCAAAAUUAACUCAGUUAAAACAUUAUUGGCCAUUGCUGCAAUCAAGAACUGGAAAUUGGAGCAAUUGGAUGUGUCAAAUGCUUUCUUACAUGGUGAGCUUGAAGAAGAUGUGUACAUGGAAAUUCCAUUAGGAGUAGAACUGCCAGAGUCAACUUCACAGGAAAUGUGCUGCAAGUUAAAGAAGUCCCUAUAUGGUUUGAAACAAGCCUCUAGACAAUGGUUUGCAAGGUUGACGGGUUUCCUUCUGAAGAUUGGUUUUUCUCAGUCAGCCUCAGAUUAUUCUUUGUUCACAAGGUGGAUUAAUGGAAGGAUCGUUGUCCUACUAGUCUAUGUGGACGACAUUAUAAUUGGAGGUGAUGCUCAGACUGAUAUAGAGCAGGUGAAGAAAGCUCUAAGUCAAGAGUUUAAAGUAAAGCUAUUGGGACCUUUGAAGUACUUUUUAGGUCUUGAAGUAACUAACACAGCAGAUGGAAUCUCUGUAUGUCAGAGAAAAUAUUGCAUGGAUCUAUUGUGUGAUACAGGUUAUGUUGAUGCUAAAGGGACUAAAUCUCCAUGUGAUCCAAAGAUCAAGAUGACAGCCAAGCAAGGAACUAAACUGGAAAAUCCAGAAAUGUACAGAAGGCUAAUUGGAAGACUACAUUACAUCACCAUUACAAGACCUGAUCUCACAUUUGCAGUACAACAGCUGUGCCAAUUUCAGAAGGAACCAUACAGUGACCAUUUGCAAGCAGCGUACAAGAUAUUGAGGUAUCUCAAAUCAUCACCAGGGCAAGGAAUACACUUCAGCAGCAAUACAGAAAUGAAGCUUGUGGGAUUUUGUGACUCUGAUUGGGCUGCUUGUCCUGAUACAAGGAGGUCUACCACAGGGUACUGUACAUUCAUUGGAAGUUCACUCCUCACCUGGAAGACAAAGAAGCAAAACACAGUCUCAAGAUCAUCAUCUGAAGCUGAGUACAGGGCACUUGCAUUGCUUGUCUGUGAAGUGGAAUGGUUAAGAAGAUUGCUAGCUGAGAUGAGUGUGGAGAUACCACUUCCAGUUGCAAUUUAUUGUGAUAACAAAUCGGCAAUACACAUUGCUGAAAAUUCUGUGUUCCACGAGAGAACCAAGCAUAUAGAAAUCGAUAUGCAUGUGACUCGUGAGAGGAUCAAUGAUGGAUUGGUUAAACUGAAUCAUGUCAGCACAAUUAAUCAAUUAGCUGAUCUGUUUACUAAAGGUUUACACAGGGUUCGUUUGCAGGAGCUUCUAUGCAAGUUGGGGAUCAAGGCUGAGUCCACAACUUGAAGGGGGGUAUCAAUGGAGUAGCAGCAGCAACAAUCGAGAUGGAGUUCAGGUUCGAAGAAGAAGAAGAAGAAUGGUGCUGCUAAGAAACGAUGUCGGUUUUGUUUAUGAUAGGAGUUGGUUUUAAUGAAACGGCGUAGCUCUGUUGUGUAGAGUUAGCCGUUAAACUACAGUACUUAUUUUGUAAUGAGCCAAUGGUACUCUGCCAUUUUGGCCAACGAGAUUACAGACUGCUAAGUACUUUCAGCAGCUGUAUAAAUAUGAAAUGGAGAAAACCCAGAUAGUUAAGGGUUUUGCCUA